GGGGCUGUCCCGGGUGAUGUCCCCCAUGUCCGGGUGAUGUCCCCAAUGUCCGGGGCUGUCCCGGGCUGGUGUCCCCGGUGUCCCCUGACCCUCCCGCUGUGGCAGGAGCUGCGCUCGGCCCUGCGCGACCCCUCCUCGCCGCGGCGCCGCCCCGGGGCGCGGGUGCGGCUGAACCCGCUGGUGCUGCUGCUGGACGCGGCCCUGACCGGGGAGCUGGACGUGGUGCAGCAGGCGGUGGCAGAGCUGAACGACCCGAGCCAGCCCAACGACGAGGGCAUCACGGCGCUGCACAACGCCAUCUGCGGCGCCAACUACGCCAUCGUGGAGUUCCUGAUCGCCAGCGGCGCCAACGUCAACUCCCCCGACAGCCACGGCUGGACCCCCCUGCACUGCGCGGCCUCGUGCAACGACACCGGCGUGUGCGUGGCCCUGGUGCGCCACGGCGCCGCCAUCUUCGCCACCACGGCCAGCGACGGCAGCCUGGCGGUGGAGAAAUGCGACCCGUACCGCGAGGGCUACGCCGACUGCUCCAGCUACCUCACUGAGGUGGAGCAGGGCAUGGGGGUGCUGAACAGCGGCGUGGUGUACGCGCUCUGGGACUACAGCGCCGAGUUCGGGGACGAGCUGUCGUUCCGCGAGGGCGAGCCGGUGACCGUGCUGCGCCGCGAGCCCCCCGAGGAGCUCGACUGGUGGUGGGGGUCCCUCUACGGCCACGAGGGAUACGUGCCCCGCAACUACUUCGGGCUCUUCCCGAGGGUCCGGCCGCAGAAGAAGAAAAUCUGAGGGGGGGUCCCAGCCCCCCUCCCCCUCCCCAAAUUGGGACACGCCCCCUUUGCUGUCCCCUCCCCCCCCGUGGUGUCUCCCCCCUUUUUUUCCUUUUUUUGGGAUUUUUUGGGAAUAAAAAACUUUGGAUGCUC